CAAUAUGGCGGCCAUUGUUUACUUCGGUUACACAGCUGAUAGUCACACCCUUUAACUGUUAUUUCGUUGGAGGCAGUAGUUGAUUCAUUUAUAAUUUAGAUAUAGUUAUGGUUAUUUUUGUGAGAACAUCUUCUGAUGAAUCUAAGUCCCCUCUUGUAACUGAAAUAAUGCCAUCCAGGGGGAGAAAUUUCUUUAAAAAAUGCCUCGCAACAAUCGAAAUUUUGGUACGGCUUGCGCUGAUGAUUGUUUCACGCUUCUGGAAAAUGUGUACAACAGGUCUUCUUAUCGUAACCCUACUUUUUUGGACUGAAGGCGGAACUUAUGCAUUUUGCUUUUUUAUUUUUGGAGUAUUUGGCUUGAUGUAUCAUGCCCAAGAUAUGUUACUGUAUCACCCAGAAUCCCCACCAGAUUCUAGAAUGAUUGUGCUCACACCUGAUGCAUUUCAAAUGCAAUUUGAAAACCAUUUUAUUCGAACAAAAGAUGGGACUCGAAUUAAUGUUGUUCUUAUUAAACAAAUGCAACGAGCAGCUGUCACAGUUGUGUUCUUCCAUGGAAAUGCAGGGAAUAUAGGACACAGACUGCAGAAUGCUCUUGGUAUAUACACAGUACUAAAUGCAAAUGUUCUGAUGGUUGAGUAUAGAGGAUAUGGAAAGAGUGAAGGCAGUGUUAGUGAAUCUGGUUUAUACCAAGAUGCUGAAGCAGCAAUGGAUUUUCUCUUAAAGCGUUCUGACAUUGACCAGUCUCAGAUUGUUGUGUUUGGGCGGUCACUAGGUGGUGCUGUUGCCAUUUAUUUGGCAUCCACUCCAUUUUAUGGUCCCAAAAUAGCAGCCUUGGUAUUAGAAAAUACUUUUACGUCUAUAUACGAGAUGAGCCACAAGAUUCUACGGUUGACGUGCAUAAAGUACAUACCUAGGUGGUGUUAUAAAAAUAAAUAUCCAUCUAUUCAAAGGAUAGAUGCCAUAUCAACCCCUGUGUUAUUUCUUAGUGGGACCAUGGAUGAACUAGUUCCUGCCAAAAUGAUGAAAGAGCUUUAUAAUAAAUCAAAAAGCAGCAUGAAGAGACUGGAGCUGUUUGCCAAUGGGACACACAAUGAUACAUGGAUGUGUCCAGGGUAUUAUGAGGCCUGGCUUAGGUUUAUACCAGAGGCUUUAAGAAUACGAGCUAGUAGUUCCAAUGAAGACAAGGAGUACAGUCUAGGCUCUGUGAUGUCUAUAUGAACUGUUGGACCAUGGAUGGCUUCAGCCUGUGUUCAUCAGUGGGAGAGGUGUGUAAACUUCUUGCCAUGCUUGUCACAGCUACUUGUACAAAAUGCCAGUGCCUGCUGUUAUUUUUAAUACUUUUUUCUAUCAAGUCUUUGUUUUUAUAAGGGAAGUAAUUUUUCAAAUCUGACGCCUUAGUCUUCAUGUAUGUGAUAAAAGAGCAGGUAUACAUACGUUAUUAACUAAACCAUUUUGUUGAGGUUUAAAUUAAAAUAUACAUCAUAAUUUACUGGAUUGUAGAAGUAUUUCAAUAUAUUAAAGUGGUAGUACAAAAUACAAUUCUGACUGUAUUAUUCAGUUAUUUAUUAUUAAUUAUUUACUUCCUAUUUUAAAUUUAUUGUUCAAAUGCUUACCUUAACUUUUUUCAUUUCAAAUACAAGUUGUAUUAUAACAAUUUACAGGACAAAAUAAAGGACUGUUUGUUAAUGAAGAAAAUUUUCAAUAUAUUUUUGUGAAUUCAAUCUGGCACUCUGGUUUUACAAAAUUACAAUAUAAUUGUAAUGGUUUUUGUUCUCUUAAAGUCAUAAUCAAUUUUUUCGAAAGUGAAAAAUUACUUUUUAUAAUCCCUUAUUUCUUAAUCAUUGUAUUUUACAAUAUUUUGAGUUUUUGAAUCAAGCCAACUACCACAAUUUUCUAAUUUUGAUGUGUAGAUGAUAUUCUUGAACCAUAACUGCCCUUCUGUGUUUUUAAUACAAUUUAUGAUCAUUUUUACAAUUUAAAAAUUAUGGCAGAACAAUUUAUUUGUUCGUAAAAUAGUUAUUUUUUAAUGAAAUAAUAACACAUUUAUUUAAGGUAGAUGCCACAUGAAACUAAUUUUGUUUUUUACAAUGCAUUCUUAUCUAGAGAUCUACCAUGUUAUUAGAAAAAAAUAAUUUUUAAACAAUUAUAAAUAAAUAUCAGUGCACGAAGUAAAUUUAUUAUUUUCAUUGCUUAGUAUUUUACUAUUUAUUUAAAAGUGCAAUUUUUCAUUUAAGUAUAAAUCAAUUUUAUAAAUACUAUUUUCAAAUUUUGCAAAUGUCCAUUUCUUUUGCAAUUAAUUUUAUCCUUUUUAUCAAUAUCUGCUUAGUUGGGUGAUUAUCAAAUUCUUGAAUUUGUUUUAUGUAUUACUUGCCUAGAAUUUAUUUGCAAUGGGUUUCUCAAUAAAAUGGUGCCUCUUAAUUUCCAUAUUUUACAAUGAAAUGGAUGAGUUUAUAUUAAGUAAAUAAAAACUUUGAAACUCAAGUUAAAAUAUACUUAAAGUUAUUGUAAUCAACUUUUUGAGUUUCAAAAAUAAGGAAGACUUUUUUUUUAAAUGCCGAAGAGAUUAUUUGAUGAAAAGGAAAUACAAUAUUUAAAAAAAUGUUUUUUUUCAACUUAUAAAGAGAAAAGCAAGUGAAAGGUACAACAUAAUAAUAAAUAUAUAAAAACAUUUAUAAUAACAAAGGUUUAUAAUAACAAAGGUUUUACGCAUGCACUAAAAUAAAAAAGAAAAGGAUUAUCUUUAAUUGAUACUGAUAUAAUUAUAAAGAUUAGCUUGGAUUGCUUAAAUAUGUAUCGAAACAUUAUUUUUAAUUUUGUAGAUUCAUUUGUAAAAAUAAAUAAUCCUACAAAUUAUUACAUUUAUGCUACAUAUGUAAAAUCUAGUCUGCUCAUUUAUAAAUACACAGGUAUUCAAAUACUACCAAAAGUGUAUAGCUUUAAUACUUAUUAGUAUCUGAAUAUCCUUAUUAAAAUUCAAUUAGCAACACAGGCUUUUAUUAAGAGUUGGAUAAUGGUGCAUUACUAUGUUGAAGAUAAUCGUAUGAUUUUACUUUUUUAAGUACAUGUUUAAAAGUCCGUUUGUGUAUAAUUGUUUUUAUAUAUUAAUUUUUUUUUUACUUUUUGUAUUAAGAAAAAAGCAUGACUAAAAUUAAUGCUCUGAUUGGAUGCACAGAAUUAGCUUGUUUAAGGUAUGACAAUAUUAGCCCUUUGUAUAGCUAUCUUAAAUUAUUUAAAAAAAAUUAAUUAAACAUUUAAUUAUGUCAAUAUUUAUGUCACAUGUCAAUUUCAUUGGAUCUUAACAAGUUUAAAAUAUUUUGUUUACACCCAUAAAUAAUGCAUAACAGAGGAGUCAAGUUCGAUAAAAGCUAGUAACAUUAUUAAAGUAAUAAAGAGUUAGAUAACUGACAAGUAAAGAUCACACUGAUGUUCAUUAUAAAUUGUUGCAGUUAUUUUAAAAUUUAUACUUGAAAAAAUCCUAUCCAAGCAGUAUAAAAAAAUUAUUAUUAAAAAUCUAUUUAAGAAAAAAGAUUAAACUCCAAAAUCCUAUCUAAGCAGUAGGAAAUAAAACAAAAUAAUACAACUUCAGCAUGAAAAAAAAUGGAACUAAAAAAAUCCUUCUAAACCGUGAAAUAACAAAGUGUUGAGAUCAACUUUAUACCUGGCCUAUUAGCUGGGCUAUGGCACUACCAUAUGUGAUUUGUACUGAGUACUAUAUUGGAUCAUGUUAUUUAUUCAUGAUGUUUCUAUAUUGAAAUGCAUUUCUUGUUACAUUGAAUAAACUGUAAAUAAAAAUUAAGUACCUUAUUAUUUUUUUUAUAAUUGGGGCCCAAUUUUUUUUUUCCCUUUUGAUUUGUUAAAGAAGGUUUUAUAUUUAGAGUAUUGAAAAAGUAAGCAUUGAAGUCAUAUGUAAACAAUUGUGUAACAUGAUUGUGAAAAUGAAUGAGGUAGAUGUAAACUUACACUGUCGAUUAAAUUAUUAUAAUAAAGAAAAUAAUUAAUUUUUUUGCGACAAGACAAGUGUAAUAGCAAACAAAGAAAAACGAUAUACCUUUAUCAAAUUUUUGUUUUUUUCUGAAUUAUUUUUUCCUAAUGAAGAUGUUGAAAAUAUUUGUGGAAAAUACACUUAUAUUGUAUAACAUCAUAUCAUGUUGCAAUAAAUUUUUCUAAAUAAAUUAUAAUCCUUGUUUGAGCAGAAAAACUUGUUGAAAAAUUAAACAUCGCAAAUUAAUACAGCAGGACAAAAUGGUUUUUCUCCUUUUGUUUGUUGAAAUAAAAUUGAACCUUCCGUUUCCAAUUGAUGCAAGCUGUGUGUGACUGUUGCAGUACAAUUUUUUUUUUACUCUGGAUGAAAAAAACUUUAAUAACACAAAUUUCCUUUUUUUUAAUGCUUGCUGAAAGGAAAUGAUUAAACACAAAUAAAAAAUAAA